AUGUCCUGGAAUUGGCAGAAGAACGGAGCGCCCUUUGACGAAGCAGCUGACAACUUUAUCAAGAAGUGCAAGCUGGAUGAUGCUUCAAUCACACUGCUGUCAGGCAUUCCGGAGGCCUUAAAGGAGGAGAUCAUAUCCAAUUCAAGCUUGGAUUGGGAAACAGGCUUGUCAUACAAGCGAUUCUUUAGAAUCGUGCAAGAUGCCUGGAUAUCACAACUUCGCCUGCAAGAGCACCGUGAACUGAUGAACAUGAUUCGAGAUGUACCCGAGGAGGACAUGCGGAUUGUGAUCAUGAAGUUCGACAAAACGCGCACCAAGGACAAAAAUGUGGCCGCAAGGUUGAUGAGCUUUAUCCAAUCCGUUCUGCGAACUAGCCAACAUGAGCAAGGAACGCCAUAUCGCUCCAUGGUAGCUGAUUGCUUCAUACCUGAGAAGGAUGUCGGAAGGAUUUUGGGUGAGUGCGGGACCACCAUGAAGAAGAUCGUGCAGCGCAUUUGUGAGGUUCUCCAGCAUGAUGAUCGCAAGCAUGGGCAUCGCCCGCUUGUGCAGAUGGCCUACAGUGAUGGUUGUGGGCGCUUUGAAGUUUUGCUGUAUCCACCUUUCAACAAUGAGUCGGCCUUUGAGGAUGCCUCAGUGGCAGUGCGUGAGAUGGUACAGCACAUCAUAGAAAACCCCAAUGAUUUUCUUCAGACAUCAAACUGCAAGAUGCCACCACGCCUUCAAUUGGAUGAUUGGCUGUGCCCGAACAAAAAAUGCAGAAAUGUAUGCUUUGCACGGCGUACAACUUGCUUACGCUGUGGAGAGCCCAAGCCAGCAGAAUGGACUCCAGCUCAUCUCGCGCAGAAUGGCAAGCAGAAGAGGAUUCGAGUGGUCCCAAUGAAGGAAUUGGUGAAGGAGAUGGAGCUUGCAAGCGAUUGCUGCAGAGUUCUUUGGCUCAUUCCUGAAGAUGAGCGCCUCCACUUACUUGGCCCUGAAGGUCAUACAGUUCAAAGCAUCAAGCACGAGGCAGGCUUGCAUAGCCUUCUUCUUACACGCGAGGCGGAAACCGAGACGUAUUUUGGAGAAGUUUAUGCUCAAGUGCAUAUUGCAGGAAGGCCUGAAGGCACCAGAAAGGCACUGACUACAAUAAACGCCCUGGUCGGCGGUCGUCUGGCAGAAGAUGGGUUUGAACAGCUGCUGGAAGCAUCCAAGUCUGCCCUGCGAGUUUCUCCAGCUGGGCUCACGUUCCAGUGCUUGACAGAGUUGCCCGAAAUUCGAGAAGCAAUGGCUCGAACAAGAUUGUUGCGGCAAGCCGUGGGCCUGCGAACUCUUCUCGAGAUCCUGGGCCAGUGGCCGGAAUACUUUUGCAUACACAGGCAAUUGGAAGUCGCGGAAGCAUCGUUCUGGCUGGCGCAUUGCAUCGUCUUUUUGGGGCUUAGCGGCAAUCCUGUUGGCAAUGCUGGCGCGAAAGCCAUUGCUGCCGCUGCGGCUGCUUGUACUCAGGAUCCGCGCUGCUUAAGCUUUCGUGCGCCCUGGGGGCUCGAGCAGCUGGACCUAGCGCGUACGCAGGUGGGGCAAGAUGGCUGUGACGCGCUGGCUGGAGCUGUGGCAGCACGGGCUGCCCUGGCCACAGAGGCUAGCCACCGUCUCGCGGAUGGGACGCUGAACCAGGCCGAGCUUGAGGAGAAGUGGGGAAGACGCCACCCAUCAGGUUUGGCAGUUGCGGGGGUGGAGGCAUGUAGUGCUGAAGUGACUGCAAUGCUUCAUUCGGCCCACGUUCGUUUGGCGGCCCACUGGCCUUUCAGCAGCGAGGACAUGCAACUCCCAAGCAGUCGGGCUUUGGAUAGCACGCAGCUUCCGUGGCUCACCGCUGAAGAGGACUCAGACAUGGAGGAUGUUGCGCAGAAGGAGGCUGGCCUUGUCAACGUUCAGCUUGAAGAGUCUUACUUUGGUGGAGUGUGUCAACGCUUUGCACCUAAGCUAGCAGACACGCUUUCUUGUAACGUAGAUAAGUCCAAGAACUUGGUGGAGCAAGUUCAGGCAGCUCCUGCGGACAGCACAGCAGAAGCAGCAACGCACAAAAGAUCAGCUCCUGCCAAAGGCAAGGGCAAAAGCACUGCAGCCAAGGGCAUGGGCCCGCCUCCCAAAGGGAAGGGCAAGACGUUGCCUUGCAAAGGAAAGCACAAGGGCGCUGAGGGCAAAGAAAGAACCGAAGACAAUCCAACCAAGCGACCGGCCCCCUUUGGACGAAGGAUCCAUUGGGUGCAGCCUCGGUACAGUCAGCCUGCUCAUGAAACAGUUUUUGGCGAUGCAGACGCUGCCGUUGAUCUGGACACCGAUGCGCUCGCGUCUUUACUUAACGGAACAAACACAAAGACGGCACCAAAGAGUCGUGCCACACAACAACGAAAGGCUGAAGGGAUCAAGGUUCUGGAUGCCUCCCGAGCACAGAACAUUGCCAUCGUUUUGAGCAAGCUGCCGGUGUCGUCAGAGGAGGUGUGCGAGGCACUGGAAUCUCUUGAAUUUUCUCGACUUGCAAUUUCUGACGACAUGGUGGAGUUGUUGACAAGUGUGUUACCGACGCACGAAGAAUCGCUGAAGCUGAAGAGCCACCAGAAUUCUCCUGAGUUAUUGCGCGACAUUGAGCAGAAGGUGCUGCCGUUCUGUUUUCUCCAGCGAGCAACUGCCCGGUUACGGCUUUUCCGGCUUGCUGCCUCUCAUGCAGAGAAUUCAAGGGCUUAUUUGAGGCGCUGUCAAACCCUGAGUCUAGCUGCAAUGGAAGCAAAGAGCAGCCUAGAGCUUCGCAAGGUGUUGGCCAUGAUACUUCAAAUUGCCAAUUACAUCAACCAUGGCAAAGAUUUCGGCGGUGGCGCUCAUGCUUUCUCGAUAGAGACACUUGCUGCAAUCACCUCUUUCAGGCUGGGCAGCAUGUCUACCCUGCAAUUUCUGUGCGUCACCCUGCGGCGGGCCAACCCAACGUUUUUGGAAUCCUUAUCUGGAAGCUUGAUGAACGUGCCAGCAGCUGCCAGGGAAAAGAGUGUACAUUUGAAGUCCUGCGUUCAAUCCUUCUUGAAAGAGGUCGAAUUCGCAGAACGAGAGGUCUUGCACCUGCCGGAGGAUCAACCUGCAUCAGAGGCCAUGGCAACUUUGUUAAAGGAUCUUCAAGCAGAAGCGGCUGACCUCACGGAUUCAUUGGCUGCUGCAUUUGACAAGUGCGAGGAGGUGCAAGAAUAUUUCUGCACCUCCGAAGAAAAGCAGAAGGAUACUACACCACCUUAUGAGCUAUUCUUUUCAUAUUUGUCCGACUUCCUGGACUCUCUGCGAAAAGCUUGGAAGGAGACGCAGCCUGCUAGUCAACAAAACAGGCCACCAGCGACACAGAGGCCACGACGGCGUCGAGACUCUGAGAAGCCGAGGGCAGAUACGAGCACAACCAGAGUGAGCCUGACAACUUGCCGAAGAGCUUUCCCUGACGAGUCUGUUCCUGGCACACGGCGUAAUUCAGGUGGCAUUGUUAGCAGCACGCAAUCAGAGCCCUCCCUGGAGACCGUAGGCACCGGAGCUGAGAAGCAUGGGAAGUUCUGGGAAAUGGAUAUGGAUGUUGAGGCGCUUUUGAGUGAUAUUUUCGCUCCUCAUGAGGACAAUGACAAGGGCUCACGGUGCCCUCCGCAUGCUCCGAAUGCUGAAGUCGAACCCAGACCUUCAGUGACGGAGGAGCCCUUCAACGCUGGACAGCAGACUCAGGCCAGCGAAGUGCAAAUCGAUGUGGAUGACCUGAUCGAUAGUAUUUUCGACUAA